AAUAAGGGUCUGGAAAUUCUUACCUCACCUCCCUAGACAAGACUGGUGUGUAUGGAAUCAAUUGGCUGUAUUGGGAACUUGGGGGCUUGUGGGUGGAACAGAAGCGGAAUUCUGGGAGACAGACACAGGUGGACUGAGAAUAGCCUGGUGGACAGGAUUGGGGGAACAGCAGGCCCCGCCCUGAAACCACCAGAUGGGACAUGAAUUAUUGAGGAGAACCCUAGAGGCUCCAGAACCAUGACUAGCAGAGAGCAGGUGGGGUCUGCCACAGUGACAGUGGUUGUAGAAGUGGCAUCCUUGCCAGAGGCAGGGCCUGACACCUGCAGCCCCAGAUUCCUUCUAGAUGGUCCUAAAAUGCUCCGGCUAGAUCCAGGAGACCCUGAGACUCUGGAGCACCGAUUCACAUUUGACCGAGUCCUGGGCCCAGAGCAUUUGAAGGAAGCAGAGCAGGAGUUUCUGGAGAACAUUCAGGCUGUGCUGGGCUCAGUCUCCAGAGGUUACAGUGUGUCUGUGCUGAUUAGGGGCAGAGAAGCCAAGCAACCGGAUCUGGUUCCUCAGCUGCUGGCAAUGCUGUUUGAGGAGAUUCAACCCUCGGGUGCUUCUGAACCUUCCCUCGGGACCCUAAGUCUAGUGCAGCUCAGUUCUAGUGGGAGGAGUCGAGACUUAUUAUUACCUGGAACUGGAGACCUGACCUUGUUGGAUGUGAACCCACUGGGUCUGGUAGUGGAAGGAGCUAGUGAAGCAGAGGUCCUUGACUCCAAGUCUGGCUGUCAGCUUUACCUCAAGGCAAUGGAGGGCUUGGACAGGGCCUGUUCCCUUCUUACAGUCACAGUGUCCUGCCUGGGGCCCAGCACCAUAAAGAGGCCCUGGGCCAGAGGCAUGUGGCGGGGUUCACUAAGGGUCCUGCAGCUUCCAGAAGCUCCGGACUGCCCCUUAUUGCUGGUCCUGGGAGGGAAGGCUUCUAAGGCCCAUACAGGCUCCUUGCCUUGGGUUGUGACUCGGUUGCUCUUCGGGAAUAGUUACAGUAGCCUGCUGCUCCGCUUGGAUCCCCAAGCCACCCCCUUGAGCCUGCUCCUGGCCUCACUAUCAGGGGCCACAGGAGCUCGGGACCCAGCCCGUUUGAAGGAGGUUUCUCCCACACUGUGGGAUGCUUCAGAAGAAAUUCAGGCCCGGCAUGCAGCUGUCCAGGAACUGCGCUCUGAGCUCUCUGGAACCACUGUACAGGAGAAUCAGCUCACCAAGCUGAGCCUGGUGCUCAGGGAAUUGAAGGUACUGAAAAACCAACGCCGGUAUUGGGAAAGCAGGCUGCUCAAGGGAGCUGGAGCCUCAGCACAGGGGCUUCCAAACCUGCAGGUCCCUGAUGUAGCACUGCAGUUUAUGUUAGCACGGGCCCAUAGGCAGCUGCUCCAAGAACAUCAUCAAUCCCAGAUCCAAGAGGAGCUGAACUGCUUGGGACAAGACAAGGAAACAGCAACAGACCAGCCCCCAGACCUAUCAGCUAAGAAUCCGAGCCAGAAUCGUGCAGCACUGGUCCUGCAGCUGGAAGCACUGAGAGUGGAGCGAGAUGCGGCUGAACGGGACUUAGAGGCCCUGUAUGAGCUGCAUGUGCUAGGAGCCCGGGCUCAGACCUGCCACAUGUUGCAGGUGUUCCGGGCUUUUCGGGAGCUGUGGAAGAAGCGGGCUGCUGCCAGGGAGUUCCAUCACCGAAUUCUGUUAGUUGGAGUCUUGCAGGAUGCUGUCUCUCUGGCCAUGCAGAACCAGCAACUCCAGCAGGAAAUCACACCGAGGAGAAAAAAAGUUUAAGUUCUUUUCAAGUUCUGACAAUCUGCCCUGAUGGCUUUUUCUUAAAGUAAUGGCAUUCAGACCCAGGACUGCCUUGGUCAACAGACAUGACCCCAGUCAUACCUGUUCUGCAGGAAUUCAAAUGAAAACAAGCGUCUGACAGCCACUGCCAGGAGGCUUCCUAAAAUUUACUGUCAUCUGGUCUAAGUUUAGUCCUGCUUCUGGGUAUCAGAUCACCAGAUAUUUACUGAUCCUGACACCUAGCUGGAAGCCUCUGUUUCUUCACUUCCAGCUCCUUAGAGUUUGGAGAAGAAUGUGUAAUAUCACAAAACUCUGGAGAAUGGAGGCCCGGUCAGCUGGUAUUUCCUCUGUCCUGGCAAACUCCCACCUUUUGUACCCCUAAUUCCAGUGAUUCCAUUUUAGAAUUGGUCAGUGGAAAACUGCCCUCUCCUGCUACCUCCUGCCCCAUAGGCAGCUUAAUUUCCCCCCUAUACAAUUCCAUUUUUCUCUCUCCUUUUAUUGUGUCUGUGGAAAUUCCCAACUAUUGCUAGCAGCGAUGGCCUCUUCCCAGAUUGCCUUUUUCCUUUUUUAUGGACACACCAAAACUACCUGUGUGAUCACAAGCAAAUCAAUGAACAUUUCUGGGACUCAGUUUCUUCAUCUGUUGGAAUAAGAUCCCAUGAUCUUGGUUCAACCUCCUCUACUUAUAGUAAAAAUGAGGAAAACGAUUAUAGACUUAACUCUUUUCAGCAGUACAAUGAUCCAAGACAAUUCCAAAAGACUCACGGAAAAUGCUUUCCACAUCCAGAGAAAGAACUAUGGAGU